AUGCGCAGCCUCACUCUAACUACUCUUCCGUUCACCUACGCCUCCUCCUAUUCCUCUUUCAGACUCUACAAACGAUUCCAUUUCCUCAAGCCAUGCUCUUCUUCCCUCAAACAAACCAAUAAGAAGAAGAACCAACAACAACAAUCUCUCCGCCGUUCUCCGCCUCCUUCCACCGCCCCUCCUCCCCGAUGGUUCUUCAGCCCCAAAUCCAGCGACGAAGACGACGACGAUGCUAAAUCCUCCUCCAAGGAUGAUAGUGGGGAUGCUGCUAUCAAGGGUACGAUUUUGGCGGGAGUGUUGUUGAUUGGCACUGUUGGUGGCUUCGCAGGGGUUGGGUACGUUUACAGAGACCAGAUCAAUACGUUUCUCACUCAAUUCUCCACUUUCAUCGAAGGUUAUGGUCCUGCUGGGUAUGCACUGUUUAUUGCCGUCUAUGCUGGCCUUGAGGCAAGCUUCUUCAUACUCAAUUCAUUUUCAUCCAUUCCUGCUCUCCCCUUGACCAUGUCAGCUGGUCUUCUCUUUGGUUCCCUCGUUGGCACCAUCAUAGUUUCUAUCAGUGGGACAAUGGCUGCUAGUGUUGCUUUUCUAAUUGCUAGAUAUUUUGCUCGAGAGCGUAUCCUUAAGUUAGUUGAAGGCAACAAGAAGUUCCUAGCCAUUGAUAAAGCCAUUGGUGAGAAUGGGUUUAGGGUUGUUACUCUCCUUCGUCUAAGCCCUCUGCUUCCUUUCUCUCUUGGCAAUUACUUGUACGGCUUGACCUCUGUCAAGUUUGUGCCUUAUGUACUUGGAAGCUGGUUAGGUAUGCUUCCAGGAUCUUGGGCUUAUGUCAGCGCUGGAGCCUUUGGACGAGCAAUCAUUCAAGAAGAAUCUGCUGCUGGGUUGCCUGGAGGAAACGGCCAGCUUCUAACGCUCGGGUUGGGUCUGUUGGUAACUGCAUUGGCUGCAACAUAUGUAACUGGCCUUGCAAAGGAUGCUAUAAAGGAUAUUGAUGAUGAGUAG